GUCUGAAGUGUCUUUCUCACCUGGUCUUGGACCAGACCAAAGUAAGCGAUUCAGGUAUGAUGGAUUACCUGGUGUGUGCUGGUGCCUCACUCGUUCACCUCAGCCUGAAUCAGACUGGCAUCACGGAGAGAGCACUGACCGUGUUAUCCAGAACUGUCCAACAGCUCCGGUUCCUGAGCCUCAGACAAACCAAGGUGUGUGAUGUGUCAGCGCUGAAGGAACUGCCAGUUCUACAGACCCUGUACCUGGAUAAUUUGGACAUCAGAGAGACCUCACUGCAGGCCCUCAGCUCUCACCCUACUCUGUCCUCACUGAGUGUCUCAGGACUGCACGCACUCAAUGGAGACACUACACUGAAGAUUAUCUCAGGUCUGAAUCUGACUCACCUGAAGCUCCCAGACAGACAGACGGUUAGCGACUCUGGAAUCCAUUUCCUAUCUCUUCUGGAGCGACUGACUGAGCUCGACCUCACUGAUUACACCCAGGUCACAGACCAAGGCAUCAGCUCCCUGGGCAGGCUGCAGCGGUUGGUGAAGCUUUCUCUGAGUAACACUUUGGUAACAGAUGCAGGGUUAGUUCACCUGCAGUCUCUGAAGAACCUCCAGGAGCUCUGUCUGGACCGCACGAGGGUCAGGAGCAAAGGGGUGGCCAAGUGCAUCAGGAACCUGCCUCGUUUACAGGUCAGGAACAGAGCUCAACACACGCACAGGCACAGACAC